CUGACAAAAGUCGCGAACACUGUCAAACUACCACAACCUCACUUUUCGAACUAAUUUUAGUGAACCAGCAUAAUUUCGUAAUUUGUAAUUAUGUGUAAGUGACUAUGGAAGUGUCCUCACUCAUAAAUUCAUUGUCCCUAACCGACAAAUCAAAUAUUUUCAACUUCGCUGCAAAAAUUAACGAAGUACCCACCGAAUUUGCAAUUGGUACUUUCACGAAUCAGAAUCUCUUCGUGAUCACACAAUUCGGCAAAUUGUACAGUUUGUACUCAGUCUCAGUGGACCAGACUGAAAACGGAGUGUGUGCCUCCGAACCUGUCUUUUCAGUUCAUCAGUUAUUUGGUAAAGAAAAUAUCUACGCAGAAGCUGCCGCCAGAUUCAUAACUAAAGAACUCAAUAUCAGGAAACAACUACUCAUUUUCCUGAACUUGAAGGAGUAUUCAAGGGACACAGUCCUCGGUAUUGUUGAAGCUAUUAAGAACUACUCCCAGGAUAAAGAUGUCUGCGGCAAAGAGAACAAAAGUUGCUGAGAAUCACUUUGGCCAGGUUGUAAUUGGGCCCCCGGGUUCUGGCAAAACCACGUAUUGCGGCAAGGUUUACGAUUUUUAUAAGGACAAGUUGAACAGGAAAGUGGAAGUUGUGAACUUAGACCCAGCUAAUGAAAAUAUGAAUUAUAAUCCUGCCAUUGAUGUUAUGAAGCUGGUGACUGUUGAAGACGUAAUGGACACUUUGAAGCUAGGGCCCAACGGGGCCCUUAUGUACUGUAUGGAGUACUUGGAGGAAAAUUUUGAUUGGCUGUUGAAGCAGUUGAUUGAAAUUAAAAACAGCUACUUAAUUUUUGAUAUGCCAGGACAAGUGGAGCUCUAUACACACCAUAAUUCUAUCAAGAAUAUUUUUGGGAAAUUGGAGAAAAUGGGCUAUCAUUUGUGCGCUGUCCAUAUGGUGGAUUCGCACUACUGUUCAGACCCUUCAAAAUUUAUUUCAACCCUUUUAUUGAGUCUUUCCACAAUGAUGCAAAUUGCCCUACCACAUGUUAAUGUUUUAACAAAGGCUGAUUUAUUGAAAAAGAAUGCGGAUAAGUUAGAUUUCAAUAUUGAUUUUUAUACUGAUGUUCUAAACCUUGAUUAUCUACUAGACUUAUUGGAUGAUGCACCACUUACAAGUAAAUACAAAAAACUCAACAAGGCUUUGGUUGAUUUAAUUCAGGACUACAGUUUGGUUUGUUUUGUUCCAUUAGAUGUUAAGUCUGAGAGGAGUUUAUUAAAUUUGAAAAGCGCUAUUGAUAAGGCCAAUGGCUACAUUUACGGCAGCGGGGAGGAAAGAACUAUUCAAGCCUUACUGUCAUGUGCAGUUGGAUCAAGAACCGAAAGUGAAAGAUAUGACGCUGAUUUCUUUUAGUGUUUAAUUUGUUUCACAAAAUAAAAAAAUUACUGCAUUUUGUUUUUAUUACUCCUAAAUUUAAAGUAAACCUACCACUACUUUGCUGGAGGUUUGGCCUUCUGUUUUUCCAACUGGGCCCUAAAAAAUUAUUCGUAGCUCUUGUCCACAAACAUCUAAUUUUUUACCUCAAUUGUUUGUUAAAGUCGUCUUCCACGUUAUCAUCCUCCCAGUUAUCUUCCCAGACACUAAUAUCUUGCUCAUCUUUGUCCUUCCCGGUCCAAUCUGAAAGCAAGAGAAACAAUUCUGCAAAUCACUUUGUAACCUCAAAUUUACCCUCAACCGGAAAUUCCUCAAACUCAUCGUCCUCCUCAAGAACACCAAGAUCUAACUUAGGUUUCUCGGUCAUGUUUAGAUUUUGUUUUAUCGAUAUAAUUACAAAAUUUGAACGAUAUGAUCGUAAAAAGUUGAAACGUUAUUUUCAGAAACUUUUCUAGAAA